AUGUGGAACGUGAAUGACGGCGCGCCGGCGGAACACCAGGUGUGCGGCAAGGUGGUGUUCUGGGACCGGCCGGACUGCUCCGGGACCGGAGUGGUGUUUGAGAUUCCCGGCAAGUGGACGGCCGCCAAGCCCACCAACUACAAAUACGCCACCACCAGCGUCAAGAUUGCAGCCGGCGUGGUGGCCACGACCCGGUCCUUCUCGUGUCUCACGGCCAUGAAGCCGCCCGGCGUGCCCAACUUCUGCUCCACGGCGUCCUGCCCCUAUAACUCCGUGUGCUCCAUGCCCAACAACUUCACCGCGCUCUGCACGUGCAACUAUGGAUUCACCAUGGUUCCCGAGGGCUACUGCGUUGGUGAGUCAUUGUCUGCUCCAGUCAAGGAGAGUCAUUGUCUGCUCCAGUCAAGGAGAGUCAUUGUCUGCUCCAGUCAAGGAGAGUCAUUGUCUGCUCCAGUCAAGGAGAUUCAUUGUCUGCUCCGAUAUGGGGCACGAGUCGUGGAGUGGAGCGGGUCAUGCACUUCCAUCCCGCCUCUCUCUGCCCUCUCUCUGCCCUCUCUCUGCCUCUCUCUGCCUCUCUCUGCCCUCUCUCUGCCCUCUCUCUGCCCUCUCUAUGCCCUCUCUCUGCCCUCUCUCUGCCCUCUCUCUGCCCUCUCUCUGCCCUCUCUCUGCCCUCUCUCUGCCCUCUCUCUGCCCUCUCUCUGCCCUCUCUCUGCCCUCUCUCUGCCUCUCUCUGCCCUCUCUCUGCCCUCUCUCUGCCCUCUCUCUGCCCUCUCUCUGCCCCCUCUCUGCCGUCACUGUAACGUUUCAUUCAAUCACUUUCCCAACUCGCUCCUUCUCCCUUCGCUCCCUCUCCCAUCACUCUCUAUCCCAUAA